GCGCUGCGGUCUCCCCCGGCGCGGUGCUCCUGAAAGGUUAAUUCAAUAUUCAAUUCCAACCGCCUCCCCCUUGUUACUUUACCAAGCGCUUUGGAUCUUCUGCUGGUUGGAAGCAUCCUCCCUCACUGUGUACUACUUUUUCUUGUCUUCAUUCUCAAAAUCAGACCUACGAUGCGCUUCAACGCCACCGUCUACAUCUCUCUUGUCGUUUUCCUGGCCUCCGCCAGUGUAUCAGGUAGUCCCAUCUCUGUCAGUUUCCAUCGUCUUCAAAUUACUUUUAUCUUAUUUUCCCGAUUUCCUCUCCAGUCUGAAAACACUCAAGAGGUAGAUGCUACAAUCACUCACAACACUGGAGCGCCUGGUCAAGAACAUAUCUGGACGUUAAUGAGACAAGUUUUUGAAGAAAAGCAUGGUUGGACGCGGACCCAAGCAAACCACCUGAACCUUCACAUGGUGCACGAUGAUAGUGUCAGCAUACGCCAGGAUGGAAAAACAUUCUUUGCGGAAGGAAUGCUGGGUGUCACCCGGAAGUGUAAGGGCGUGGUUGGUCCUGAAGGAGGGAACACACUGCAAGCGUUCCCAAGCAGGAGAUCGAGAAAGAAGAAAACUAACUCUUCCGGGCCCGUCGAACAGUACCACAUACCUGGAGCGUUCCCAACACAGCCCCCCAUGUUAUUGCCCUUGUGACAGUCUUGUCCUGUUAUUCAGAGUUCGCCAAUACGACUCAGUCACUUCCUUCCUAGU